AUGACCCCGGAGCAGUUCGCCACGGCUGCAGACCAUCUGCUCGCCGCGAAGAUGUAUUCACUCGCGUCGUGUGUCAUGCUGUUUUACGACAUUGCAAUCACGUUCGGAGACGAAGUGGAGAAGAUAUGGAAGCAGCGGUUCACAGGGGCCACGGUCUUGUGGUUUCUCAACCGCUACCUUUCUCCUCUUGGUUACAUCGUGAUCAUCGUCUCGUUCCAGGAUCCCGACUGGGGCAAGCCUGCAUGCGAACGCUAUAUACUUUACCCCGAGGUGCUGAAGAUUUUUAUCUCAGCUACCAUCGGAAUCAUCUUUAUUCUACGGUUAUACUCCAUAUACUCCAAGAGCAAGGUCGUGCUAUACAGCUUCACGAUGCUCCUAGCGACAGAGCUAGCCAUUAAGAUCUGGGCUUUCACCGAUGGCACCAUGCUCCAGCUUCCACCAGGAUUUGUCGGAUGCAUCCUCACUGGGAAAUCGGCGCCAGGCGAUAGGCUUAUUUACACCUGGGUCGCUGAACUAGUCUUUGACUCGUGUGUGUUCUUCGCGACGCUGUAUCGCACGAUCCAGCUCUACAGGCGCACCAUGAUCGGAGAGGCGCAAUCGCUUAUCACGGUCAUCAUGCGCGAUGGUGUUAUGUACUUUGCUGCCAUCUUUGUGAGCAAUCUGGUCACCGUGUUGAUCUUCGUGCUUGCUACGCCCGAUCUCAAAGUCAUCAAUGCUUCCUUCAGUACUCUGAUCACGAGUCUCAUGGUCUCCCGACUCAUGCUCAACCUCCGAUCAGAAGUGCUCAGGCGCGGUCCCGUUAUCGCCUCGCACGUCUCCGGCGAUCACUACCGCCUCUCCGAGGCCGAUCGGUCCACCAUCUACUCCAAACGCGUGAUACAGCCCGCCACUCGUAGCGAGAUCGAGACCGGAUGGGAGGCGUUCGACACCCUCAUGGUCGGCAACCUCGGUGCCCCGGUGAUGACCUUCGAGCGCGCCUCGGACGACGACGACCACUACGGCCCGGCGGACGACGACACGUCCUCGCAGAUCCACCCGCACGACGACAAGGACGCGUACGAGACCGUGCCCGCGACCGCGGCCUCCCCGCGCUCCCCGCACUCGUAUCCCCCCGUCUCCUCCCCGCCGCACACCCCGCACUCCGCCGCGCCGCUCUUCCCGCCGCGCGCGCACGCGCACACGCACUCGGCCGACGGCGGCCUCCGCCCGAGCAGCGCCGGCACCGGGGCCUCGACGCUCCACCGCCAGACGUCCGCGUCCUCGGACGCGUCGUCGCUCACGUUCUCCCCGCCGCGCAAGGCGCGCCUCUCCAAGGCGCGGCCCCCGACCGCCGCCAAGUCGCGCGCGGAGCGGCGGCUCGAGCGCGAGGUCGACGCGCUCCAGACGCGCUCGCUCCCCGCGCAGAUGGUCGUGCAGGUGACGGAGGAGGUCGUCGUCGACGCGCCGCCGCCGGGCCCGGGCGUCCGCGCGGGCCCGGGCAGCCCGGGGGAGAGCCGGCCGCCGUGGUUCGCGCCGCCGUCGUGGCGGAUCAGCAGGGACUCUGCGGGGCGGCGCGGGGGCGCGGACGGUUAG